CGGAUAUUUUCGAAUUAAUCGAUAAAUGUUCUAGCAAACUCUACGAGAGCGACACACAACAAUAUGGCGCCUGCUACGGAGAAUCUCGCGGACUUUCAGAAGGAGAUUUUUGAUAAAAUUAGCAAGAAUGAGGUGUGCGAGCUCAAAACAUUGUUGGCACAGAAGAAAGUCAAAAUGGACUUCGUCGAUGAGAACGGUAUGAGCCCGCUCCAACACGCCUGUUAUAAGGGAAACAAGGAAAUCGUGCAGCUGCUGCUUGAUCAAGGCGCUGACGUGAACGCGUGUCAACACGAACACGCGUAUACCGCUCUUCAUUUCGCUGCUUUAAGUGGAAACGCCGAGCUGUGCCAUCUUUUAAUGUCCCAUGGAGCACGCUUGACUGCGACGAACAGUGUGGGCAGAACAGCUGCUCAAAUGGCAGCGUUUGUGGGAAAUCACAACUGUGUGGCAACUAUCAACAACUUUAUUCCGAAAGCUGAUAUAGAUUACUACAUUAAACCACAGGGUUUACAAGCUGAGCCGAUGCUUCCACCACAUCUAGCUGAUUAUUUACAUAAAUUUAUAAUGCACGUUAAUGUGAAUCCUGUACGUGUGUGCAUGAAUUUGCAGAGACUUCCUGCACUUCUGGAGAAUGCAGCAAAAGUACAAAAAGUAUUAGAAUCCAUGCGCUAUAAAGAAAUGACGCGCGGUGCUGAAAUAAAUGAGGUAAUGGCCUUCAAGUAUCAUUAUCUCAGUUGCGUUGUGGCCGAGGUGUUGAAAUGUCAAAAACGCCAAGAAGCUAUGAAGGCGGAGAAAGGCGAGAAAGGAAAUGAGGAGAGCGAAGAAAAGAAAUCCGACACUGUGGAACUUUUGAUACGAAGGUUUUUAAAGUGUAACAAGAACGACAGCUUACCGGAGUAUCAGGAGGCAUUUCUGAGGGAAUCGGUAAGAGAGUUUCCAUUCCGAGAAAGCACGAUUUUUCGCCAGAUGGUCGCUACAUUGGCGAGCACGGAUCCACCGUCCGCCGUUUCAGUGAUCUCCGCUGCGAUUAACGGGCAACGAGGUUUCUACGAUAACGCCCAGACUUGCGUGACUUGUAGCGAGGACAAAGCCACUAAAAAGUGCAGCAAGUGCAAAGCGGUGCAAUACUGUGACAGAGAAUGUCAAAGAUUGCACUGGUUCAUGCACAAAAAGGCAUGUGCCAGAUUGGGUCAAUCUCCGGCAAACAACGGAAAGCUCACGGAUGUAGAUAAAGAGCAGAUCAGUAACGCUGUCGGUUCCAGGCUACAAAACUUAACUGUAAAAUAAAUAUGUAAUGUGUACAGAUUUGAUGUUAGCAAUUUGUUUGGAUCUGCAUUAUAUCUGCAGAUGUUUAUUUUUUUCCUGUAUAUAGCCGUUCUAUGUAGAAUUGGUGGAUCUCCAUAUGAUUGUGCCUAUCAUAUUUGUGGAAGCUAUAACAUUACGCCACUAUUUUUCGUGUAGGUAAAAAUUAUUGAAAAUGUGUAAAUUUUCGUUUAGUAGUCAAUCAUGUGUUUAUGUCGAUAUUUCAUUUUUUCAACUUUCAAUCCGUGACAAUCAGUUAAAACGUUCAGCGAGGAAUAAAACAAAAUUAAAUCAUACAAGUUUUUAAUUGUACAAAAAAGUAUUUUUUUAUUCCUAUACGCGAUUCUAAGCUGCCGAACUUAUGAAACUGACUGAUUUUUAUAUGGUUUCCUAUUUAUACACUUGGACAAAUGAAAUUGCCAAAUAUACUUAUAAGUUACUAUUAUUCUUGAUGUAUGUAUGUACUCAGUUAAACAUAUCUGUUUUGGAACUGUGUUUUUCCAGGAAUCUUUAUUGUGAUCUGUCGGAAUAAAGCACACUUACAACCGA